AGUGUCAGUUGCUCGGUGGCGGCGGCCGCGGUCACCGGGAAGGGGACAGGACGGCCGGCGAUGGUGGUCACCACAGCGGCAUGUGCGCCUUUCAGGUAUCUGCCUGAACUGGAACUUAUGCUGUAAACAUUUCUUUGUGGAUUCAUCUAAAAACCUGAGGAAAAGAAUAUUUGAGGAUCAUUCAUAAGGAAAGAAAAGGAAGCAAUGACAUAAUGCCUAGAGUUGGAGCCAGUUAAACUGGAUUGAUCAUACUUACAAGAGCUGCUGUGAUGCCUAGGGGAGGUGAAGACUGAUGGAUGAAAGUUUUACCAUGCACUGAAAGGGAAGCAUUGUCUGUGAAGGUCCUUUUUUAAAAAUGUCUGCUUGUAACACCUUUACUGAACACGUUUGGAAACCUGGUGAAUGCAAGAACUGCUUCAAACCUAAAAGCUUGCACCAGCUUCCCCCAGACCCUGAGAAGGCACCCAUCACCCAUGGCAAUGUGAAAACGAAUGCCAAUCACAGUAACAACCACCGCAUGAGGAACACUGGAAAUUUCCGUCCUCCUGUGGCUAAAAAACCCACUAUAGCUGUGAAGCCCACUAUGAUGGUGGCAGAUGGGCAGAGUGUAUGUGGUGAACUUAGUAUCCAAGAACACUGUGAGAACAAACCUGUCGUCAUAGGAUGGAACCGAAACAGGACGGCCUUGAAUCAGAAACCACUUAAUAAUAAUAAUGAAGAUGACAUUGAAGGAUUUAGCCAUGUUCCUAAGCCUUAUGGCAAUAAUGAUAGUGCCAAGAAGAUAUCAAAUAACAAUAAUGGACUAACUGAUGUGUUAAAGGAGAUAGCAGGCUUGGAUACCACCCCUCAGGUAAGAGGAAGUGAAACAAACUCCAGAGAAAUGUUCUUAGGAAGAAUAAAUGAUUGCUAUAAAAGAUCACUGGAAAGAAAGCUUCCACCAAGCUGCAUGAUGGGCGGGAUAAAGGACACUCAAGGCAAGCAUGUGAUUCUGAGUGGGAGCACAGAAGUGAUCAGUAAUGAAGGGGGCCGGUUCUGUUACCCAGAGUUCUCUAGUGGUGAGGAGAGUGAAGAAGAUGUACUUUUCAGUAACAUGGCGGAGGAGCAUGAGAGCUGGGAUGAGAGUGAUGAAGAGCUCUUGGCCAUGGAGAUUCGCAUGAGAGGGCAACCCCGCUUUGCUAACUUCAGGGCAAAUACUUUGUCUCCUGUUCGAUUCUUUGUGGACAAAAAAUGGAAUACGGUCCCCCUGCGAAAUAAGUCUCUGCAGAGAAUCUGUGCUGUAGACUAUGAUGACAGCUAUGAUGAAAUCCUGAAUGGCUAUGAAGAGAACUCUGCGGCCUCCUGUGGACCAGGAAGCAUUCAGAGCAUGGCGUCAUCUGACUCUACGUCACCAGGUUCUUCUUUAACAGAAGAAUCACGUUCUGAGACAGCCAGUAGUUUAUCCCAGAAGAUCUGUAAUGGGGGAAUAUCUCCUGGUAACCCGGGAGAUUCUAAGGACAUGAAGGAAAGGGAGCCCAAUUGUGAAAAUCUCUCUGGUAAUAAUCAGUUAAAGGACUCCUCACAGGCACCUAAAAGCUCAAUAAAAGUUCCAGAAACACACAAAGCAGUCCUUGCUCUCCGAUUAGAAGAGAAGGAUGGCAAGAUUGCUGUACAGACUGAAAAGCAAGAAAGUAAAGCCUCUACCGAUAUCGCUGGGCAAGCAGUGACCAUAAACCUCGUCCCUGUAGAAGAGCAAGCAAAGCCUUACCGAGUUGUCAAUCUGGAACAGCCGUUGUGCAAGCCAUAUACUAUUGUGGACGUGUCAGCAGCCAUGGCCAGUGAGCACCUCGAGGGCCCUGUUAACAGCCCCAAGACAAAAAUCUCAUCUUCUACUCCAAACUCUCCGGUGACAUCGCCCGCACUCACAUCACCCACACUGACAUCAGGACAAACAAGUGCCCAUUUCCAAAACUCCAGUGCAAUACGAUACCAGGAAGUAUGGACUUCCAGUACCAGCCCACGACAAAAGGUACCCAAGGUGGAAUUGAUUAGUGGUGGGACUGGGCCAAAUAUCCCUCCGAGGAAAAACUGUCACAAAUCAGCACCUACUUCACCAACAACUACAAAUAUUUCCUCUAAAACUAUCCCCGUGAAGUCACCCAAUUUGUCCGAGAUAAAAUUUAAUAGUUAUAACAAUGCUGGUAUGCCACCUUUUCCAAUUAUCAUUCAUGACGAGCCGACUUAUGCUCGGAGUUCCAAAAAUGCCAUCAAAGUCCCCAUUGUCAUCAAUCCAAAUGCAUAUGACAAUCUAGCCAUUUACAAAAGUUUUCUCGGAACAAGUGGAGAACUCUCAGUGAAGGAAAAAACCACAAGUAUAAUAAGCCAUACUUAUGAAGAAAUCGAAACUGAAAGCAAAGCAUCUGAUAACACCACUGGCAAACCUGCUGAAUGUCCCCAAGCCAAAGGGUUUUCCAACAGCACAGAGCGUAAAAGGGGCUCAGUGGCUCAGAAGGUUCAGGAGUUUAACAGCUGUCUUAACAGAGGUCAGUCUUCACCACAGAAAAGCUAUAGUUCUAGCCACAGCUCCCCAACAAAGAUCCAGAGAACCACUCAAGAACCUGUGGCCAAAACAGAAGGCCCUCAGGCAUCUCAGAUGGUGAGCAACGGCAGCAGCACCAGGGAGAAAGCGAGCACAGUGCUUUCUCAGAUUGUGGCUUCCAUCCAUCCACCACAGUCUCCUCCAGAAAUGCCCCAGUCUGGCCCGAAAGCAUGCAGUGUGGAAGAGCUGUAUGCAGUUCCUCCAGAUGCCGAUGCUGCUAAGAGUACACCUAAGAGUACACCAGUCCGACCCAAAUCUCUCUUCACAUCUCAGCCCAGUGGUGAGGCUGAAGCCCCUCAGGCCACAGAAAGCCCUACUGUCAAAGUACGGAAAGAUCCACUCGCAAAGCCAGGCACGACCCCUCUCUCCAAAUUCGUGGCUAACCCCCAGAGUGAGCCACCACCUCCCUUUCCCCCACCUCGUUCUACUUCCUCCCCUUAUCAUGCAAGCAACCUUCUGCAGAGGCAUUUCACCAACUGGACCAAGCCAACCAGUCCCACCAGGUCAACAGAAGCUGAAUCGGUUUUGCACUCUGAAGGCAGUAGGCGGGCCGCUGAUGCAAAACCUAAACGCUGGAUAUCAUUUAAAAGCUUCUUCCGCCGCCGGAAAACAGAUGAGGAGGAUGACAAAGAGAAAGACCGAGAGAAAGGGAAACUGGUGGGCCUGGAUGGCACAGUCAUCCACAUGCUGCCGCCUCCUCCAGUCCAGCGCCAUCACUGGUUCACGGAGGCAAAAGGAGAGUCCAGUGAGAAGCCAGCCAUCGUCUUUAUGUACAGGUGUGAUCCCACCCAAAGCCAGCUCAGUGUGGAUCAGAAGGCCAGAGCAGACCAGGCAGCAGUCAGAGAGAAGGACGGCACAGAGGAUGGGUUACUGCUGGACUCAGAGAAGAAGAAAAGGAGUCAUUCUUCUCCAUCACAGGUUCCUAAAAAAAUUCUCAGUCCCAAGACCCAGGAAGUGACAGAGGACUUUUCUCCACGGGAUCCAAGAUCCGUUGUUGUGAGGCAAGAUGACGGAGGCUGCCCUUCUGUUCCAGCAGCGUUACCUCUCCCCGAACUGGAAAGGGAAGAGGAAAAAGAAGAUGUUUCAGAUACUAUCGACCUGAAUCCCUGUAGUGCAACCUACAGCAAUUUAGGGCAAUCUAGAGCAGCCAUGAUACCACCCAAGCAGCCACGGCAGCCUAAGGGAACUUUGGAUGAUGCCAUUGUCUUUAGUGGGAAAACAGACCAAGAAGCACCUAAUGCUUCCCAACCUACACCACCCCCACUGCCAAAGAAAAUGAUCAUAAGAGCCAAUACAGAGCCAAUCCCCAAAGACCUCCAAAAAGCCAUGGAAACGAGUCUUUGUGUAAUGGCUAAUCCCACCUAUGAUAUCGAUCCCAACUGGGAUGCCAGUAGUGCUGGCUCUUCCAUCAGUUACGAACUCAAGGGACUAGACAUUGAGUCUUAUGACUCCUUAGAAAGACCUUUGCACAAGGAGAGACCUGUCCCCUCAGCGGCAAACAGUAUCUCCAGCUUAACCACUCUCAGUAUUAAAGAUAGAUUUUCCAACAGCACGGAGUCCCUGUCCAGCCGGCGUGGUCCCUCUUGCAGACAGGGACGAAGCAUACAAAAGCCACAGAGACAAGCACUUUAUCGAGGACUUGAGAAUCGGGAAGAAGUGGUGGGUAAAAUCCGAAGCCUUCAUACAGAUGCCUUGAAGAAACUGGCUGUAAAAUGUGAAGACCUCUUCAUGGCUGGACAGAAAGACCAGCUCCGUUUUGGGGUGGACAGCUGGUCAGACUUCAGGUUAACCAGUGACAAGCCAUGUUGUGAGGCAGGUGAUGCCGUUUACUAUACAGCUUCAUAUGCAAAAGAUCCACUUAAUAACUAUGCAGUCAAGAUCUGUAAGAGCAAAGCUAAAGAAUCUCAGCAGUACUAUCACAGCUUGGCCGUCCGACAGAGCCUGGCUGUCCACUUUAACAUCCAGCAGGACUGUGGUCAUUUCCUUGCUGAGGUCCCUGAUCGUCUGCUUCCCUGGGAGGAUCCCGAUGCCCCCGAAGAGGAAGAGGAGGAAAUGGAAGAGGCUGAAGAAGAGGUGAAAGGAGAAACAGAUGGGAAAAGCCCAGAGCCCUGCUCUGAAACAGAGUCAUCCCAGAAAGCAAGCCAGGGGGGCCUUAGCAGGAAGCAGAGAAGCCACGUGGUGGUCAUCACCAGAGAGGUUCCCUAUCUCACCGUGGCUGAUUUUGUGCGAGACUCUCUGGGCCAGCAUGGGAAAAGCCCAGACCUGUAUGAGAGGCAGGUGUGUCUGCUGCUCUUACAGCUGUGCUCUGGCCUGGAGCACCUAAAACCCUACCAUGUCACUCACUGCGAUCUUCGUCUGGAGAACCUGCUGCUCGUCCACUACCAGCCGGGGGCAACCAGCCAGGGCCUGGGGCCUGCAGAGUCCAGCCCCACCUCGUCUUGUUCCACCAGGCUCAUAGUAAGCAACUUCUCUCAGGCCAAGCAGAAGAGCCAUCUGGUGGACCCCGAGAUCCUCCGCGACCAGUCCCGCCUCGCUCCAGAGAUCAUAACAGCCACCCAGUAUAAAAAGUGUGAUGAGUUCCAGACAGGCAUCCUCAUCUAUGAGAUGCUGCACCUGCCCAACCCCUUCGAUGAGAACCCAGAGCUAAAGGAGAAAGAAUACACUCGAGCAGACCUGCCUCGCAUCCCACUCCGCUCCCCCUAUUCCCGGGGCCUGCAGCAGCUGGCCAGCUGCCUCCUCAAUCCCAACCCUUCCGAGCGGAUCCUCAUUUCAGACGCCAAAGGCAUCCUCCAGUGUCUGCUCUGGGGCCCCCGGGAAGAUCUCUUCCAGACUCUGACCGUCUCUCCCAGCCCGGCACAGAGGAGCGCCCUGCUCCAGAACUGGCUAGACAUCAAGCGAACACUGCUCAUGAUCAAGUUUGCCGAGAAGUCCCUGGACAGAGAGGGUGGGGUCAGCCUGGAGGACUGGCUUUGUGCUCAGUAUUUGGCUUUCACCACUCCAGACGCCCUCGGCUCUAUUGUGAAAACCCUGCAACACCGCUAG